ACUGGUCUGCCUCCUAUAUAUUCCUCCUCAUGCCCUUCCCCGCCACAGCCAACCCAAGAAGCGUGCCACACACACGUCCGCUCCCUCACUGCUUUCGCCACCACCACCACGAACUCCACUUUAUAGCUACCACCACUUCGUCAUCACCAAUAAUUGCUCCAUCAAUCACGCAAGAUCAAGAUCUGUCUCGACUCCCGACCUUGGUAACACGAUAUGGCUGAAUACAAGCUGACCUACUUCAUCGGGCGAGGGCUGGGCGAGGUGAGCCGCUGGAUCAUGCACUUCGGCAACAUCCCCUUCACGGACGAGAGGGUGGAGGAGGUGGACUGGCCCGAGAGAAAGAAGCACACACCGGCUGGUAAGUUGCCGGUGCUGGAGGUUGAGGGGAAGAUGCUGAAUCAGUCCCUAGCGAUCGGUCGUUUCCUGGCUAGCAAGGUGGGGCUGGUGCCACAAGACCCGCUGCACGCUGCCUUCUGUGAUGCUGUGGCUGAGACGAUGAAAGAGUUGGCCGUUGAUAUAUUUGAUGUCAAGAAUGCAGAGGGCAAGAGCAAGGAGGAGAACAUGAGAACUUACAAAGAGGAUUUCGUGCCCAGCAAGCUAAUGCCUAUGAUGGAACGCCUGAACAAGCGGUUUGAGGGGAAUGAAUGGUUCAUCUCAGGCAAGCUCACGUGGGGUGACAUGGCCAUCGCACUCACCAUGGAGCCACUGUUUGCAGAGUUGCCAGAGCUGGCUGCUAAGUUUCCCAAGCUGAAAGCGCAUUCAGAUAAGAUGGUGAACCUUCCUGGAAUCAAGGAAUACCUUAAGAAACGUCCCGAGACAUCCUAUUAAAUCCUUUUCCACUACCUCCCCUCGCCGUUCAUCUCAACACUCAAUUUCAACACUCAUUUUGUAUUAGAUCGUCUUUUAUAUACAUAUAUUUUUUAUAUAUUUGUUUAUUUUAUAAUUAUAUGCCAGACUGUCUUUUAUAUUUUUAUCAAUUGUAGCAAAAUGCAUAACAUCAGGAAAAGGCUAUGUCUUUGCAGCUAAUUUGAAGAAAACUGUUGUAAAAUAGGAAUGUAAUGGGAGACUUAACAGCAUAUUGAAAUCUGGGCUUGGGGUUCUCCCUCCCAUUAAUAUAUAUAUAAUAAAAAUUGUGAAGCUAGA